ACGCAUUGACGUCGACUUUUAAAUGCCUGCCCAGACAGGUCGAAACAAAAUGGAGGAAAAAAGAAGAAGCGAAUGUUCAGGUCGCGCACGAAAGCUCAACUAAACUGUGAUAAAUAAACGGAGGUAAAUCGAGUGCAUCAUCGACCGGUGUUCCCGUGUGGUUUGGCGGUAAUACUAGUACAUUCCUCCUGUCCUGUGUGCGGCAACGGGAUUACAACAGGCUUUCUCUAAAGCAUUGUAGCGAAUAGCGGUUCUUUUCGUACCGUCGUAUGUGUGCCGGUGUAGUAGGAUAACGGAAGCUGUACUAUUUGCGCCAAAUGUGUUGUCAUUUGCCGGGCUUUCUUCUAUCAAACAACUUCUUUCGUUGCUACCGGUGAACUUGGCCGUGUGUGGUUUGCAAAUUGUGCUGCAGCUCAAGCAAUCGCCACUGUUGGGAAUGUAUCGGACUGUCGAAAAACCAUCGCAGUAGACACAGUUAACUUUCUUGUGUGUCGAUAGUACCUGUGAUAGUACCGAAGGAGAGUGAUCACCAGUGCCGGAAGAUUCAUUACCAACCACCAAGUUUGUCUGGACGCCUAGUUUUUUAUACCCGGUUUUCGCGAAAGAUGCAACCAAGUACUACACCAAGCGCCGGUAAGGGCCAGAAUAGUGACGGAACGAUUGAAGUACGGCAGCAAAAUCUGGUGGAAGACAUCUUCACCACUGCCUCCUCAAACGAGAGCAGUUCCUCCGUGGCGAACGGUUUCGGCGUUGACAAUCGCAGUGAAGUGGAAUGUACUAUCAGAGGCAACCGGCUCACGGACAAGGAGCCGGGCUGUACCUUCGAAACACCGACGACGGAUAGAAUGCUAUUCCGAUUGCGCAAGUGCUCUACGAAGAUCUUUGGUCUUUCGCCUGUUUCGGAAAUUUCUGCCGCACUGCAAGUGUCCGGCCUGGAUACGCCCCGAGUAGUACGCCACGAGAAGCCACGACCGGUCUGCUUGAGAAAAGAAGGAAAAUUUCAACGCAUACUGAACGGAGAAAGUGCAAUGAUGACGCCGUCUUCUGCCAAGGGUGCUUCCAGCCGAGAGCAGCUUCCGAACGCUGACGAACGCUAUCAAAAUCUUGACAACGUCGGCGGUAACACCAAAGACGACGAAGGCUCCAGCCAGUGGCAACAGCAGCAGCAGCAGCAGGAAGACGUUGAAGCAAUGCACCACAGCCGCUUCACAUUAAACUCCGCCAGUCGAUCGCCGGCCAGCAGACGAGCGGAACAGCGUCAGCGCAGCCAACAGUUCCGUCAGCAUGGUAUACCGCAGCGCAUGAUCUACGACGAUAGCUGCAAGUUGUUGGCGUCCCCCGGCAAGGAAAACAUGCCGACCGAGGAGCUAUCGUUCUACCAGAGCCACAGCCCGCAGCAGAGUCCACGGCCGUGCAGUCCGUGCACGCUCUGUCCGGAGGAUUCGCUCGGUGGCGAUUUGCUACCGUCGGAGAAUAACACCCCCAGCAAGCAUGUGACCAUCCCGAUCGUAAGCAACAAUGGGUCGGGUCCGAUCGUCGCUGGUAAGCUGGCGGCCGUACCGGGCGGUCUUGGGUAUCGUCUGCGCCGACCACUGGACGACCACGAUCCCAACUCGAUGGACUCCGGGUACGGUGCGAGCGUGCUGAACGAUGCGCUGAUGAGCUCGCUGCACAGCACCAGCAGCAGUGCCAGCAGUACGAUGGCGGCCACGAAAACGCACUCCAUGUUUCAGUUCAACCACUCGUCGACGGCCCUUUCGCGGCACAGUUCCCGUUCGCCGGCUAGCUCCCGGGGUCGGCUACUCCUGCACAGCAGCCUAUCGUCCGGCUCGAUGGAAUCGAUGGACGAUAUGGAGCUGUUCGAUAUGGAAGCGAUGGAGGACGAGGACAUUGAGGACAAGUUGCAAUCCUGCCCACAGUCGCAGACCCAGCAGCCGAGUGGGCUUAGCUCGCUGAUUUGCGGCACCAUCAAGACGACGAAAACGGCAACCACACCCGAGCAUCAGAAGCGUCCGUUCGUGCGGCGGUGUUUGAGUCUCACCGAAAACAACCAGAAUGCCAUCCUGCCUCCGCAGCACCACACGGUUGCAUCGCCGAUGAAGACGCCGGAACGGUAUUCGCGCCGGAUGAUCGCUAUGAACGAUCAGGAGAACUGCAAUCUAACGCCGUACUCGUCGCGCACCGCUACCGUUUCCUCGACGGAGGUAACGCGCUGUUUCAAGCGGCCCGAACCACCGGGUGUCAGUCCGGUACAGAGCAAGCGCACCCGGAUGCAGAUGGACGUGAUGUCGCUGGCAACGGCACCACCCGCAGUCAAUGCGCUGGACAGUCCGGCAAGGACGACCGUGCUGGCGGCGGUACCGAAGAAGCCCGUUUACCAGAAGUCAAUCUCGAUGAACGAUGCGCAGAUCAUGAGCGCACUGUCGCGAUCGUCGUCCGAGCCGGAUUUGAUCGGUGACUUUAGCAAAUCGUACGUGCUGCCGCUGAUGGAAGGUCAGCACCGGGAUCUGAAGUCGAUCUCGGGUGAUACGAUGGCGCGGCUGGUACGCGGCGACUACAACGACAAGAUUGCAAGCUUCAAAAUCAUCGACUGCCGGUAUCCGUACGAGUUCGAGGGCGGUCAUAUCCGGGGUGCGAAGAACCUGUACACCCAGGAGCAGAUCAUCGACGAGCUGAUCAAGUCCAAGACUGAAGCACCGACGGCCGGUGGCCAGGACGGUACGAUGCGUCGCCACAUCAUUGUGUUUCACUGCGAGUUCUCGUCCGAACGUGGUCCAAAAUUAUCACGCUUCUUGCGCAAUCACGAUCGCAUCCUGAACGCGGACAGUUACCCCGCGCUCCACUAUCCGGAGAUGUACCUGCUGCACGGUGGCUACAAGGAGUUCUUCAAGGCACAUGCCGAACUCUGCGAUCCGAUCGCUUACCGACCGAUGCUGGAUCCGGAGUUUGGCGACGCAUACCGCCAUUUCCGGGCCAAGUCGCGCAGCUGGAAUGGUGAUGGUACGGGCACGAUAAAGGCCAGUGCCGCCACGUCCGGUCCGCUCGCCGGUGGUGGUCCGGGUCGACUGACCAAGUCGCGGUCUCGCUUGAUGCUGUAACUGGUCCAGUUGAGAGAUUCAUUCAUCCAUACGUUGCUACCGUACUAUUCUGUUUGUUCAUGUGUGUGUUUGUGUGUGUGUUUGUGUUCGAUCUUCCUGACCAUCCCCUUUUCAUCAACGCUCGCCAUGUAUAUACGUUAUGAAAUGUUUUUUUUUUUUGUUAUUCUAUUUUUAUACUUACGUUUAUAUUAGUUUAAAGUUUUGUUUUUUGUUUUAUAUAGAAAGCAGGACACAUAUAUACCCGUUUGUAGCGACAGUUUGUGCAUAUAUAUACAUACAUUUACAUUUGGGAAAAUUUUCAUCAAUCGUCGACAUGUUUGUACAAUUGAACAAAAACAAAAUCAACCAUAACAAUUUUUGGUCAAUUAGCUACAAUUAACUAAAUUUCAAAAGGCACCCACACAACAAAAAAACGCCAAUAGUAUAAUAUGCGUAUUCUACUACAGUAACCAUGCCCAGCUAUAGAUCCUGAGCAGGACUGAACUGAAGUUUUGCGUAUUGGCUUGCUUGCAGUUCUGUUUCUGUUUUACGUUUGCGAUUUCAUGUUUUAUUUUUUUAUAGUUUACGUUCUUUUCCUUUUUUUUUUGUUUCAUUGUUAUUCAUGAUUUAUUAUCUGUGAUUUAGAAUGGCUUAUUGUUUGAAGUAUUCUUUUCAUAACACACACAAACAAAAAAGCAACCCCCUCGAAUGCCUGUUGCACAUGUUCGUUGGGGCGCUCGGCGCGGGUUAUACUAAGCAUCUCUAUUUCAAACAGUCGAAGAAGCGUUCGAGGAGGAGGGGAUACAUACUUUACGGACUAUUUUCAGACAAAUUGCGUCUCAGUGGACUAAAUGAUAAAUGUGUUGCCCCAUAGGCAACGUACCGAUGUAGCCAUGGGGAGCAAACUUAGCAUAAAUGAGGCCGAGAGUGUGGGGUAGCAAGGAGGAGCACGGGUUAAAAGCGAGGUGCAAGUGCAAAUUAGGUAAAAUCUAAAACGAAGGAUGCGAUUGUAAGUGAUAAAAGCAGCAGCAACCGAUAAGGAUGCGACAGCGCAGGAGAUUGGUUUCUUGCUUCGACAUUCAAAACCGGCGUGCCGUUUCUCCAGCACACUGGGCGGCGAGGCUUUCUCUGUACACACGAGUCACGAGACUGUCCAAGACAGAUAGUUGGUACGGGAGCUAGACCAUUCAUGCACCAGUUGCGAAUACACUCAGGCUAAACAGGGAAGGGGCCGCAUGUGCGCGUUCAGUUGACUUAGUCGGGGACGAGUCCAGCAGAUGGUGCAGCAACCUUUUCUCUAUCAUCCACAUCCAUCCUCCCAUAGAGCAAAAGCAACACGCGUUGAAACACGAAGAGUGCAAAUUUUUAGCUAGCUUAGAGUAACCUUGUAACCAAAUUGUAAUUAAAGCGUUUAAACAACAACUACUUUAUAAGCGCGUGCGCGCUACGGAAAGCAUGCGGAUGUGCAAAACGGCGCAAAUGUGCAAGUGAAUCAACGAUAGCAAAAUACCCUUAUUAGCGUGUAAGUGCAAAAAGUAAGCAAAAUUAUAAAUGAGUUACAAAAAAAUACAAAUCAAAUCGCAUAAGAGAGAGAGAGAGAGAGAGCGUAAAAACUGAACGGGAAAUUUCUUACCGGAGGAAAAAGCCACCCGGGAAAUGUGAAAGUGUGGAUCCCGUGGUUCAACCGGCAAGCCAAGCAUCUUUGGUCCACCUUUAAGACUGACUGACUGUCGGUGGCCCGAUGUCCGGCAACAACAAACAAAACAAGUGCAAAGAUUUCACUAUGUAAAUAGAAGGAGAAGGAGUGGCCGGCCGGUAUUUCUAUCUACUUCUGCUGACUGAUAAUCGGACUGAAUUAACAUGGAAUUGCCAGUAGAUUUGAAUGUAAUAAUCACUUAAUAAAACUAUUUAUAAAGCUGCACCGUUCCUGCAGUUGCAAGUUGAA